CGACAGAAAUUCGAUGUUACUUCUUCUUGUUACCCCUAUAUAAAUAGGACCACAGGGGAUUAUUGCCCAUCAAAACAUUGCUUCCUCUUCUCAUACUAUUUUUCCCUGUGCUCAAUCUUCUUCUUCGAGUAACUGUCCGCUAUACUAAAAUUAUAGGUGCUAGAUCAGGUCACGGUUUUAAAAACAUUCCUAGAGCAGGUCCUAAAGUCACAAAUGGGAAGGAUUCACCCUAGCCACGCAGACCAUGAGCUCGAGCUCAAAAGCUUUGAAAAAACCUACAAAUGCAAGGGGUGCAAGGAGCCUGGAUUUGGGUCACGAUACAGAUGUGAGCUGUGCGACUAUGAUCUUCAUAAAGAAUGUAUGUUUCCUAGCACCACCACUGACCAUGACUUCUUCGAGAAUUCAACCUUCAAAUUCUUCGUUCAACCUCCGCAGAACUGCUCUUGUGCAAAGUGUCAGAGAUACUGUGACGCCUGUGGAAAACCUAUUAAAGGUUUUGUUUAUCACGAUGAAAAAAAGGGGUGGGAUUUGCAUCCAUGCUGCCGUAACUUACCCAGCAAGUUACGUGUUGAUGAUGUUAAGUUUGAUCUCUGUGAUAAGGUGUUAUCAAAGUGCCUUUGGUGCAACAAGAAAAAUCGUGAAGGCACUGUGUCCGGUGUCAGGGGCUGGACCUAUGUGUCCAAGUGCAAUAAGCUCCAUUUUCAUGUGAAUUGUGCGACAGAAAUGGCGCUGGAGGGAUGGGACAAGGGGACCUAUAACGAAGAUUAUAGUUUGGCUUUGCAGAAAGUGGAGCUGCCUAUUCAACGUCACAAUAGAAAUCAAAGGAGUGGCAACAAAUUUAUCAGGAUUGUGAAGGUAUUCUUCAAAACCAUUGCUGCCAUUCUUUUAGGCGAUCCAACCAUAACUCUUACUUGUCUCCUGGUGGAGUUCCUCGCAAAAUGACGAUCGGUUUGUUUAUUAGAAGCUUAAUAAUUAAGCCUCUUCUAAAUUGAGUCUUAUGUUUGUUAGCUAGCUAUUCAAGUGUAUUUUGUGCAUUCUUUAGGCGAUCAAACCGUAUAUUAAUUCUUCUCUCGUUGAAUUUGAUCUCAAAAUGGAGCUUGGUUGUUCUAUGAGAAGAUAAAAGUUGUGUUAAGUGUGGUUUUUGUAUGUACUUAAUUGUAAGAGUUUUGAUGUUCUUAUUCUAGUAAGAUGGAUUUAAAAUGAUUAAUUGUAAGAGAUCUGAGGUUUUGAUUAUUGAAAUUUUUUAUUGAUUUAAA